UAAUGUGGUCAGAGUUUAGACUCUGAUAUUAGAUUACACGUAGAACUGCCCAGAGCUUGAUUUAUACACAAACUGGUACUAACGACAAUAAUCAACAUAUCUUGUACAGAAACAGGAUCCGACCUCACUAUUAAACAUCUUAAAUUUGAUUAAUAAUUUGCUGACCAAACUGCACACGGUUUAUUCUAUCACCGUAAAUGUAUUCGGCAAUGACUUCCGCAUUACCAAAUUAUUAAAGCCGCAUUAUUAGCCAAUUACGGAAUGAGGCUUUUGUGACGUCUAUUAGAAAGGGUGGGACCUCAACCCGAGUAAACCAAUCAGAUUCGGACAGCAGCUAGCAAGUUUGUUUCAGCGAAAAGAACAGUGGCUGAGGGGGGAACAUGAUCCACAGCUAGCCGGUUAGAUUAGCUCGUUCAAGUCUACACACAAGUUGUAAGCUUUUACACGGUUGUUGUUUUUUUUUUGGCCACGUAAUUGCGUUUAGUUUAUAAUUCGCUUGCGCCGGUUUAAAAAAAUGCUUCCCGGGCUGUUUUCCGGGCUGCUGAGGUGAAGUGGGUGAUGGUGGUGGCGGUGGUGGUGUUGCUGAGUGCUGAGAGAGUCUCAAGCAUUCAGGAGGAGAACAAAUUACCUGAAGUCCAGCACCCUGCUGAGAAAGUGCCGACCGUCAAACCUGCAGUUCCAGCUGUCAGUCCAGACGAGCCUAGUAAAGGAAACCUGGGAUUUAUCCAUGCGUUCGUGGCGGCGAUUUCGGUCAUCAUCGUCUCCGAGCUGGGAGAUAAGACUUUCUUCAUUGCAGCCAUCAUGGCCAUGCGCUAUAACCGCCUCACCGUCUUGGCAGGGGCCAUGUUGGCUCUGGGUCUCAUGACUUGCCUGUCAGUCCUUUUCGGUUACGCCACCACUAUUAUCCCACGGAUCUACACCUACUACAUCUCCACAGCGCUGUUUGCCAUCUUCGGUGUGCGAAUGCUGAGAGAGGGGAUGAGGAUGAGCCCUGAUGAAGGCCAGGAGGAGCUUGAAGAGGUGCAGGCUGAGAUUAAGAAGAAAGACGAGGAGCUUCAGCGUUAUAAACUGGCCAACGGUGCUCCUGAUGUGGAGGCAGGAACGGCGUCGACCAUGUCGCCUCAGAGGAAGUGGCACCAUUGUAUCUCGCCCAUCUUUAUCCAGGCGCUUUCACUCACGUUCCUUGCUGAGUGGGGCGAUCGCUCUCAGCUCGCCACCAUCGUUCUGGCUGCACGGGAGGAUCCCUUCGGAGUGGCGGUAGGAGGAACUCUGGGACAUUGCCUCUGCACAGGCCUUGCUGUGGUCGGGGGAAGGAUGGUGGCUCAGAAAAUAUCAGUCAGGACCGUUACGAUCAUCGGAGGAAUCGUGUUCCUCGCCUUUGCUUUCUCGGCACUCUUCAUCAAGCCAGAUACUGGAUUCUGAAAGGAGGACAGACUUCUCGGCCUCUGUCUGUAAAUACCAGCUCCAUAAUGCUGUAUUCACAACGAUGGACUGUACACAAAGGCCACCAUCGAACGGUGGUGUGUGUGUGAACGUGUUACUGUUUAGACCCGGUCAAAGAUGCUGCAGUGGUUUUACUUUGGUUUGGUUUGUUUUGUUCCCCCCUCGUUCUGUGAUGAUGGUUCUUUAAUAGCGACUUAUUUUCCUUUACUUCUCUCCCCUGUCGCAUUUCUUUUGACUCUUUCAUACAGUUUUCUCUUGCCAACACAAUAAUGAUGCUGUGGCCAGAUUUAGAUAAAGAACUAUGUACAUCACUGUGUCUUUACACUCCUAGAAUGAUCCCAGGUUGCAAUGAAUACGAUCGCUAACCCAGACAUUAGAGAGGGUGAUAUUGUUCAGCAAUAAACGCAGCAAACGCCAAGCAAUUUUGAUGACUAGGUGCAUUAGGCUAAACGUUUAAUACUUUUUAGACCCUAUUCCGUUAGUGUUUUAUUCUGAAAACUUCACUAUUGUAGCGUUUGGGUUUGUCUCCCUGCUGGGACAAAAGCAGAGAGGUGUGGACAGCCAGUCCGAUCUCGCAAUUUAACAUCCUGGAUACCGUGGCCUGAAAAGUGUACACAAGGUGUAGGCGCUUUGUAUCCCGCCGGCUAUAUCUCGCACAAACUGGUGAUCACGACCGCACAAAUCUCAAGAGGCAAACUUCAGGAGCUAUGUCUUGGCAAAGCAACUCCAUUUGGGGCAAAAAAGGAUUAUGAUUUGGGUUUCAUUUGUCUUUUGAUCAUAUAAAGAAAUGUCCUGUAUUCCAGCUGUAUUCAUCCACACACCUCUCCUCAGCUUAGCUCUUUUAAGUGGCAAGCUUUAUUUUUAAAUCCAAUUUUUAAAUAAAUCCCUUUUCUAUGCGAUCAUUUAGUCUUAACGCCACUUCCAAGAACGCGCUGGUGUAGGACAAAAUUAUAUACAAUUUUAUUGAUCUUUUUGAGCAGCAAUUUAUUUUUGUUUUGUUUCCUGUUGUCAAAGUACUGUAGAACUGUCAGGGAAUACUGCUGCGAUUUGUACAGUGUAAGAUGACUUAUUUCUUUGUCAAUAUUUGACUGGACUUAUUCAUCUACGAAGGGCAAGUAAAUGACACUAUUCAUUGUGCAGAAGAGUUGACUGUAAAAAAAAAAAAAAAAGAAUCCUGUAAAUAAUAAAUUAAAACUCAGUAUGUCA